UCCAUUGGGAUUUCAAUGUCGGGUUCAUACGCUCAGAAUUUCUCACCGGCGAGAGCGCUCUCGCCGCACCUGAGAACGCCGCCGGAUAUGGAGAGCCAGUACUUGACGGAGCUGCUGGCGGAGCACCAAAAGCUCGGGCCUUUCGCGCAGGUCGUCCCCAUAUGCGGCCGCCUCUUGAAUCAAGAGAUAAUUCGCGUCUCAGGAAUGAUGCCCAACCAAGGGUUUAGUGACUUUGACAGACUGCAACGUGGAAGCCCUAGCCCUAUUGGUUCAGACAUAAUACCAAAUUAUAGAGGGUCAGGCCUCGGUGGUUGGAACGGACGCCCUCAUGAUAGAAUGGGCGGUCCACAAGGGAUGAAUAUGGAGUGGCAAGUUGCACCAUCAAGCCCAAGUUCCUACAUUGUGAAGAGGAUAUUGCGCUUGGAUAUUCCAGUAGAUAGCUUUCCAAAUUUCAAUUUUGUGGGCCGGCUUCUGGGUCCUAGAGGCAAUUCACUAAAGCGGGUGGAAGCGUCUACAGGCUGUCGUGUGUACAUAAGAGGAAAAUGUUCAAUAAGAGAUAUUGACAAGGAGGAAUCUUUGAGGGGAAGGCCAGGUUAUGAACAUCUGAAUGAUCCACUGCACAUUAUAAUUGAGGCUGAAUUGCCUGCUAAUAUUGUUGAUACGCGGUUGAGACAGGCAAAACAAAUCAUAGAAGAACUUCUCAAACCUAUGGAUGAGUCGCAAGACCACUACAAGAGGGAACAGUUGAGAGAACUAGCUAUGCUAAAAUCCAAUUUACGAGAAGAGAGCCCUCAACCAUAUGGUAGUGUCUCUCCUUUCACUUCAAGCGGGAUGAAGCGUGCCAAAACUGGAUGCUUGUCUGUGUAAUUCAAUUCUGUAUGCAAACUGUAAGGGACGAUGCGUUGUGGACCUGUUCGGUGAGGAUCAAUGCAGGGGUUUUCUUCCAUGACAUUAGGAUAUACGGAUGAGCGGAGAUAUUCUUUUGUUAUAGCUUUCGUGUUUGUAGUCGAUUGUGAUUGUAGAAGUAGAAAAAUUAUGUCAUAUAAGUUAUUCCUUAUUAUGCUGAACAUGUAUCCGUUAUUAACUCGACGCUGUCUAAACUCCGAAGAGGAAUAUGCAUCGAUUGUUUUAUAUGUUCUUA